CGAGGUGCAGGAAGUAUAAAAGGCCGUUUCCCAAAGGGGGCUCAGGCAGGAGCCGGCGCGCACCCAGCUGCGCUGUGCGGAUGAUGCUCUCACCAGCACCGUGACUUCGGCUGUUAGAAACAAGAGCAUGGACGGCGGCAAACAACUGAAGGCCACCCUCGUUUUCAGCCUUCCUCUGAUAUUUCAGUUCUGUGCUGGGAACAAUGUCACUGAUGACUAUGACGCCAACAGCACCAUUGACUACAACAUGUUUGAGAUCCUGUGUGAGAAGAAGGAAGUCCGUGAUUUCCGUGCUGCCUUCCUCCCAGCCAUGUACUCCCUCAUCUGCUUCACGGGGCUGCUGGGAAAUGGGCUGGUGAUGCUCACCUACAUCUACUUCAAGCGGCUGAAGACCAUGACAGACAUCUACCUGCUGAACCUGGCCCUGGCAGACAUCCUGUUCCUGCUGACCCUCCCAUUUUGGGCCACAAGUGCAGCCACGUUCUGGUGCUUUGGAGAAUUUGCCUGCAAAGCAGUCUAUUGCAUCUGCAAAAUGAGCUUCUUCAGCGGGAUGCUGCUCCUGCUGUCCAUCAGCAUCGACAGGUAUUUUGCCAUUGUUCAGGCUGCCUCUGCCCACCGCUUCCGUCCCAGGAUGAUAUUCAUUAGCAAAGUCACUUGUGUCCUCAUUUGGCUCCUGGCCUUUGUUCUCUCCAUCCCCGAGCUGGUUCACAGUGGUAUAAAUAACUACGACAGCCACCCCCGGUGCUCCAUCAUUGCUAAUGACCUGCAGACUUUCAACACUGGAAUCAAAGUGUCCCAGAUGGUUUUUGGCUUCUUAAUUCCCCUGGUGGUCAUGUCUGUCUGCUACCUCAUCAUUAUCAAAACAUUACUCCAGGCCCGAAACUUUGAGAAGAACAAAGCUAUCAAGGUGAUCAUUGCAGUGGUCAUCGUCUUCGUCGUCUUCCAGCUGCCCUACAAUGGUGUCAUGCUGGCCAAGACCAUCUCAGUCUUCAACAACACCAGCUCAUGUGAGGAGAGCAAGAAGCUCGACAUGGCAGAUGAUGUGACCUACACUCUCGCCUGCUUCCGAUGCUGCCUCAAUCCCUUCCUCUACGCCUUCAUAGGAGUCAAAUUCCGCAACGACCUCUUCAAGCUCUUGAAGGAGCUGGGCUGCCUCAGCCAGGAGCGUCUCUGGCAGCUGUCGUCCUGCCGUGAGAGCAAGAGGUUUUCCUUUGCCAUGGAGACAGAGACAACCACCACCUUCUCCCCAUGAGGAGAGGGCCAGGGAGGCUGAAGGCCGGUGUUGUUUUGUACACUGCUUCUAUUUUGAAUUACUGAUAGAGAAAGACUUGCCAUUACUUUAGGAAGGGCAGCUGCGAGAGGAAGAGCAAAGAACUUUUCAGUAUCUCAAUCAAUGAGCAUUGCUAUCCAGUGUGUUCAUGGAUGGGGAGACUUCAAUAAAAACUAUGACCAGCAGUGAAGUAAGGGAGAGGGAGACCUGUGAGUUCAGAAUUCAUCGUGCCAUUUCACUCUUAUUUCCCAGCCACGCAAACCUGAACCAAGAAACAGUGACAGGUACUUCAACAUAUUUUCAGCCUGUCCUCACAUCAGCCUCACUCCCAACAUGCUGAUGUGUUACUGUGCCUGAUGUGAAAGCACGUGGUUUGGCAGACUACUGCCAGAAUGCUCAGCCAUGCCCAGAACAAGUUAGAAAUAUUUCUUAGCUCAAGACUUAAAUUAGGAUAAACCUGUGCCCAUGGUCUGACCACUGCAGUGUGUCAGAAUCCAAAGCUUGCUCCUCUCCAGCCUUACCAGCCAUGUGGACACAGCCUGCUGAUUGUCACGUACAUGUAGGGGCUUUCUGUGCCGUUGCUUGCUGACCUCAAGAGAUAGUAUCACAAAUGUGGGCUUUCUGCUCCCUUACCAAGCACUGUGUCUGUCUAGAAGAACUUUAGCAGCUGUCUUUUUUGUAAGUCAGAUACAGAUUUCACUUAUAAGCUACUGGAAAUGUGUUUCACAUUCAUACUGUCACUUCUACUCAAGCUGCCAAGUGGAGGAAAGAGGGGGAAGGGAGGGAGGGGGGGAGGGUUAAUACUGACACACCAAAUAGACAUUUGUUCUUUUU